CAGAAAUAGAACCCCUUCUCACACAGAUCUCUUCAUCUUUCUGUUGUUCUUCUAUCUGCAAAUCAAUUCCAGACAGUGGCUGGUUUUCAAUAUCUUUUCUAUUCUUGGUUGUGGUGGUAAAGAAAUGAGCAAAUCGUUCUAAUGAUAUAAAGUGAAAAAAGAAAGAGAGAAAAAUAUGAAGGUCAGGCAUAUAGUCUUGGGUUUGCUGUCGAUUACCGUCAUUGCUCCUCUUUUAUUUUACACUGAUAGAUUCGGCACCUUCGUCAAUCCUCCUUCAAGACGCGAUUUCCUUGAUGAUGUUGGAGCUUUUACGGUGUCGGGUGAUAAUACCAGACAUCUCAAUGUUCUUCAACACCAGGAAACUUCCACCUUGAAAGAACCCAUUGGAGUUGUAUAUUCUGGCCAAUCUACCGAGUCCUUUCCCAAUGGUACAGUGACGAGGGAACAUACAUCAACACGAGUGUUUUAUGCCACCGAGGAAGAAAGACAACAGCAAUUAUCUAACCCCAUUAGACAGGUUGUCGAUCGAGCAACCCACAAUCUCACCACUGCCCUGGAUUCCCGUCCCAAUGCAUCUGACAUCUCGGCUGUAAAGCUUGAGCAGAAACCAACUCAGCCAGCUCGCAAGAUUGACCAGAAAGAGCGUUCAGAUAACAAGCGUAACAGACAGACUGAACCAGCAGAUGCUCAGGUGUGCCGCCUCAAAGAUCAGCUCAUCCGUGCAAAAUUAUAUCUCUCUCUUCCAUCGAUAAAAAACAACCCACAUGUAACGAGGGAGCUUCGACAGCGGGUUAAGGAAGUUACACGUUCUCUUGGUGAUGCAACUAAGGACACAGAUCUGCCGAAAAAUGCCGUUGAUAAGAUGAAAGCAAUGGAGCAAUCAUUAGAAAAAGCGAAGCAAGUUCAAGAUGACUGUGCCACUGUGGUAAAGAAGCUGCGGGCUAUGCUUCACUCAUCUGAAGAGCAACUCCGAGUGCACAAAAAGCAGACCAUGUUCUUGACUCAAUUAACUGCAAAAACUCUUCCCAAGGGUCUUCAUUGCCUGCCUUUGCGUCUUACUUCUGAGUAUUAUAGCUUGAAUUCUUCUCAACAGAACUUUCCAAAUCAGCAGAAAUUAGAAGACCCUCGGCAGUACCAUUAUGCCCUUUUCUCAGAUAAUAUAUUGGCAGCGGCAGUUGUUGUAAACUCCACUGUUUCCCAUGCUAAGCACCCUUUGAAUCAUGUUUUCCACAUCGUUACGGAUGGGCUUAAUUAUGUGGCGAUGAAAAUGUGGUUUCUAGGUAAUCCACCUGGGAAAGCCACUAUUCAGGUCCAGAACAUUGAAGAAUUUACAUGGUUGAACGCAAGCUACAGUCCAGUUCUCAAGCAGUUGGGUUCUCCUUCCAUGAUUGAAUAUUACUUCAGGGCACAUCGGGCUAAUUCUGAUCAAAAUCUGAAGUUCCGGAACCCAAAAUAUUUGUCCAUCCUGAACCAUCUUCGGUUUUAUCUACCAGAGAUUUUCCCAAAACUAAAUAAAGUGUUGUUCCUAGAUGAUGAUAUAGUAGUCCAAAAGGACCUUACUGGUCUUUGGUCCCUUGAUUUGAAGGGAAAUGUCAAUGGUGCUGUUGAAACUUGUGGAGAAAGCUUCCAUCGGUUUGAUCGGUAUCUCAACUUCUCAAAUCCCCUUAUCUCAAAGAACUUCGACCCACAUGCUUGCGGAUGGGCAUAUGGAAUGAAUAUUUUUGAUUUGGAUGAAUGGAGGCGGCAAAACAUUACGGAGGUGUAUCAUGGAUGGCAGAGGCUGAAUCGUGACAGACAAUUGUGGAAGUUGGGGACCCUGCCUCCCGGUCUCAUAACAUUUUGGAAACGCACAUAUUCCCUGAACAAAUCUUGGCAUGUGCUCGGGCUUGGCUACAAUCCGAACGUAAACCAGAGGGAGAUUGAAGAAGCUGCUGUUAUACACUAUAAUGGCAAUUUGAAACCAUGGUUGGAGAUAGCCAUACCUAAGUAUAAAAACUACUGGGCAAAGUAUGUAGAUAGCGAUGUUAUGUAUUUGCGAGAGUGCAACAUCAACCCGUAGAAAGCCUUCAUGGGGACGUUAAAGUGUGAUGGUGAGAUAUGUUAUCCAUGCAUUUUGAUGUAUCGGGUCGAAUUCGUGCUUGUAUACAUUGUCAGUUUUGCUUUCGAUUUUUUGGUUCUUACCACACUGCACGGAGUUGGUGCAACUAUUUCUAGCUAUUUAAUCGGAAAUGCAGGUGUAUUUGUAUAUCA